AUGGCGAAUGCUGUAUUCUCUUUAGAUGAUCUGAAUAUUCAUGAAGUUUCAGAUAUGCUUAGUUCUUCUAACAAAGAUUUUCAGAGUUUUGAGUUAUGUAAUAGAGGGAAGCAAAGUAAUUUUUAUAGAGAAGAGUACUGGGGAGAGACUGGAGGCAUUGAUUCCUUGUCUUCUGAUUAUGGAUCCUACCGAGAUGACUUACUGCAGGAAGAAGGAUUCAGUUUCUCCAAGUAUCGGCCACAAGAGCAGCAAAAACAACCAUUUACAAUGACAGAUUAUGGUCUUUUAGAUGGAGUAAGUUUCAAUGCUGCAUCUCCACCACUUCAGACAUGUCUGGAGGAAAUUGCAAAGCUUGGUCAGAUGCCUUCUGGAAUUCAAAAUGUUGCUGAGACAAAGGAGGAAAAGCAGUACCCUUUUUCCUUAUCCUCACUUGGGCUGCUGAACAACUAUGGUAGUGGAUUCAAACGAUUGAAUGGGGAAAGAAGAAUUGAGGAAGUCGAUGACAUAACUGUGUUUACAAAGAAGGAAGACAGAAAAUUGUCAACUGAAGAAGUUAUGAGGAUUGCUGGAGAAAUGUUUAUCCUGUCCUCUUGCCAAACUAUUGAUAGUAUCUCCAUGCUUGACCAUCCUUCUAAUCUUUCUUUCUCGGGACUUUCUGAUCAGGAGACAAGAGAUGUGGAGCUUGCUGGGCUACUUCUAGCUGCUGCAGAGAAAAUAGGCCAUCAACAAUAUGACCGUGCUAGCAGAUUGCUGAAACAAUGUGACUACAUGUCAUCCAAAACUGGAAAUACAGUUCAGCGAGUGGUCUAUUAUUUCUCUGAAGCUCUUCGAGAGAAGAUUGAAAGAGAGACAGGAAGACCUUCACCUAAGGGUUUGAGAAGGAAACCGCUGUUUAAUUUUGAUGAGGCAAUGAUGAAGCCAAACCCCACUACAAUGGCAUGUCAUGGAGAAUUGCCUUUUUCGCAGAUUACACAAUUUUCUGGGAUACAGGCCAUUGUGGAAAAUGUUUCUGAGGCAAAGAGGAUUCACAUAAUUGAUUUUGCAAUCAGAAAUGGGGUGCAAUGGACAGUCUUAAUGCAAGCUCUUGCAUCUCGACAUGAGUGCCCUCUCGAGCUCCUGAAAAUAACUGCUGUUGCAACUAAUGCAAACGAUAUAAUCGAGGGCACUGGUAAGUGGCUGUCAAGUUUUGCCCAGAGCGUAGGCUUACCUUUUGCUUAUAAGAUUGUUAUGGUCCCAGACAUGUUAGAUCUCAAAGAAGAUCACUUUGAACUUGAUGCUGAAGAAACGAUUGCUGUCUAUGCUGCGUUUGCCUUUAGGAGCAUGCUUGCAAUGCCAAACCGGCUUGAAAAUAUAAUGAGAGUUCUCAGAGUCAUGAAUCCUCGUUUAAUGGUGGUAGUUGAAAUUGAAGCCAACCAUAACUCACCAACCUUUGUGAACCGUUUCAUUGAAGUUCUUUUCUUCUUCAGCGCAUACUUCGAUUGUGUUGCAACUUGCAUGAAACAGAAUUGUAAAAAUAGAGAGAUCAUAGAAUCAGUGUUCUUUGCUGAUGGAAUUAGAAACAUGGUAGCUGCUGAAGGUGAGGAAAGGAAGGUACGACAUGUGAAGUUUGACGUUUGGAGGGCAUUCUUUGCUCGGUAUGGAAUGGGGGAGGCUGAAUUAAGCAUGUCAUCCCUGUAUCAAGCAGACCUUGUUCUCAAUACUUUUGCUUGUGGGAAUUCGUGUACACUUGAUAUGAAUGGGAAAUGCCUACUUGUUGGAUGGAAGGGAACACCGAUGCAUUCUCUUUCUGUUUGGAAGUUUCUUUAA